AUGCUCCGACUCGGUCGUCGAUCCACCAGCUCGUUAUCGUCCUACGUUCGAGUGCCCCGAUCUGUACCCCACCCCGCCUUCACCCCCGCUCUCGUCGCGAGCUCGGCGCCGUCGCCUUUCGCAACUAGCCCUAACCGUAAUCGUAACCGUGCCCGUGCUCUGACCACGGCGAUCUCGCCCGUCGACGCGCCCGACCACCGCCGCGCCUCCGCUCGCGCCUCCGUUCGCGCCUCUUCCACUUCUGCCCGCUCCUUUUCCACGAGUCGCAGCACCAUGUCGUCGCAGGCCCAAGUCAUCGAUGGCACAGCCGUAGCCACGUGAGUUCCUCCCCAUCCUCCCCAAGCCUCCUGCACCGUCACUCCGCCUUCAGGACAGCCGCUGGCUUGAUCGCACUCCCGCUUCGUCCCGCAUCCUUCUUACCGCCCAGCUGAGCGUCAACUCCUUUUUCUGUCGCAGCUCGCUCCGUGCCGACAUCUCGCAACGCAUCUUGUCGAUCCAGCGGCAGUUCCCUCGCUUCGCCCCCCACCUCGCCAUCAUCCAACAAGGGUCGCGCUCCGACUCGUCGACCUAUGUCAAGAUGAAGCUCAAGGCUGCCGAACAGGCCGGCAUCAAGUGCACGCUCGUGCUCGUCGACCAGGCCGCUUCCGAGGAUGAGGUCAUGGCCGAGGUGCAGCGUCUCAACGACGACGACUCGGUCCACGGUCUUUUGGUUCAACUUCCUCUCAGUGAUCAGGUCGGCAGGGACGGAGAGAGGAGGAUUACCGAGGCCGUUAGCCCCGAGAAGGACGUCGAUGGGUCAGUCCACCACGUGGUGCUCGAAGCAAAACCCUCUGCGUUAGCUCUGUAGAGCUCACACGUGCCACAUUUCACGCACUCAGCUUCCACGCCUACAACAUCGGCUUGCUCUCGUCCCGUGCGUCGGACCCGCUCUUCUCGCCGUGCACCCCGAGUGGUGUGAUGCACCUGCUCAAGGAAGCCGGCGUCGAAAUCAGCGGCAAGCACGCCGUCGUCCUCGGCCGCAGUGACAUUGUCGGUUCCCCCGUCUGCGCUCUCUUGCGUCGUCAGGAUGCGACCGUCACCCAAUGCCACUCUCGUACCAAGAACUUGGAGCAGAUCGUGAGUCAUUGCACUGCGGGGGAGAAUGUCCCGGCCCGUAGUCGUCGGGACGGGAACGAGACCUUGCCGGUUGUUGAUCUCGCCUACCUGGGCCGAUGCACAGAUAAAGCAAGCCGACAUUGUCGUCGCUGCGAUCGGUCAACCCCAGUUCGUCAAGGGUGACUGGCUCAAGUCCGGUGCCGUCGUCAUCGAUGUCGGCACCAACUUCAUCCCUGACUCGACCAAAAAAUCCGGUUCCCGCCUCGUCGGUGACGUCGAUUACGACUCGGCCGUCGGUGUCGCUUCGCACAUCACCCCCGUCCCCGGAGGAGUCGGUCCCCUGACCGUCGCCAAGCUGAUGGAGAACACGCUCAUUGCGGCGCAACGCUUCCUCGAGAAAUCGCAAAAGCGCGUCGUCAAGCCCUUGAAGCUCGUGCUCAAGAAGGACGUCCCCUCCGACAUCGCCAUCGCCAAGGCCCAGACCCCCAAGCCCAUUGAUGUGCUCGCCAGCGAGAUCGGUAUCCCCAACCACGACCUCGAGAUGUACGGCAAGUACAAGGCCAAGGUCAAGCUCGAGAUUCUUGAGUCGCUCAAGCACCGCCGCAACGGCAAAUACAUCGUCGUCGCCGGUAUCACGCCAACCCCUCUCGGGGAGGGCAAGUCGACGACGACGAUCGGUCUUGCGCAGGCCCUCGGCGCCCACCUCGGCAAGACGGCUUUCGCUUGCGUCCGUCAGCCCUCGCAGGGCCCGACGUUCGGUAUCAAGGGUGGUGCCGCCGGUGGUGGAUACUCGCAGGUCAUCCCCAUGGACGAGUUUAACUUGCACUUGACGGGUGACAUCCACGCGACCACGGCGGCGAACAAUUUGCUCGCCGCGGCUAUCUCGGCGCGCUACUUCCACGAGUCGACCCAGACCGACAAGGCCUUGUUCAACCGCUUAUGCCCCCCCAAGAAGGGUGUCAGGACUUUUGCGCCCAUCAUGUUCAAGCGCUUGCAAAAGCUAGGCAUCGACAAGACCAACCCCGAUGACUUGACCGAGGAGGAGGUCUCGCGCUUCGCUCGUCUCGAUAUUGACCCCGAGAAGAUCACAUGGCACCGCGUCGUCGACACCAACGACCGUUACUUGCGCAAGAUCACGACCGGUUUGGCCGCGACCGAGAGCGGCAAGACGCUCGACACCGGCUUCGACAUCGCCGUCGCUUCCGAGUGCAUGGCCGUGUUGGCUCUCUCGAACGACUUGCCUGACAUGCGCGAUCGGUUGGGCAAGAUGGUCAUUGGUGAAUCAAGGAAGGGCGAUCCUAUCACGUGCGACGACAUUGGUGCGACCGGUUCGCUCGCCAUCUUGAUGAAGGAUGCGAUCAAGCCCAACUUGAUGCAAACGCUCGAAGGCACGCCGGUCUUUGUCCACGCUGGACCGUUCGCCAACAUCGCCCACGGCAACUCGUCGAUCCUGGCUGACAAGAUCGCGCUGAAGCUCGCCGGUACGGAGGAGGGCGAGACCGAGGACAAGAACGGUUACGUCAUCACCGAGGCCGGUUUUGGUGCGGAUAUCGGUAUGGAAAAGUUCUGCAACAUCAAGUGCCGCAUCUCCGGUUUGACCCCCAACGCCGUUGUGCUCGUCGCGACGAUUCGAGCGCUCAAGAUGCACGGUGGAGGACCCGACGUCACCCCCGGCAAGCCCUUGCCCGAAGUCUACCUCAACGAGAAUCUCGAGAUCCUCGAGAAGGGCUGCACCAACUUGGCCAAACAUAUUGAGAACGCUCGCAAGAUGGGCGUCAAGGUCAUCGUCGCCGUCAACCGCUUCACGAACGAUACCGAUGCCGAGACGGCUUUGGUCGCCAAGAUGGCGCUUCAAGCCGGCGCGGAUGCCGCCGUGCCUUGCACUUUGUGGGCUGAAGGCGGAAAGGGUGCUUUGGAGUUGGGUCAAGCCGUCAUCAAGGCGUGCGAGGAGCCCAACCCGUUCAAGUUCUUGUACCCUCUCGACAUUUCGAUCAAGGAUAAGAUCGCCACGAUCGCCAAAGAGAUGUACGGCGCCGCCGACGUUUCCUACACCGAAGAAGCCGAGGCGCAAAUCGCUUCUUACACCAAGCAAGGGUUCUCCGACUUGCCGAUCUGCAUGGCCAAGACGCACUUGUCCCUUUCGCACGACCCCAAGAUGAAGGGUGCACCAACGGGCUUCACGUUACCCAUCUCGCACGUCAAGAUGUCCGCUGGUGCGGGCUUCAUCUACCCCCUCGUCGGAACGAUGCAGACCAUGCCUGGGUUGUCGACUCGACCGGGCUUCUUCGACCAUCAACUCUUGGACGAUGGCGAGAUCAUCGGUCUUUCGUAA